AUGUUGUGUCUGAGAAGGUUGCAGUUGGACACAGAGGUAAGCAGUGGGCUGCAGCCAGGUCAGUGUGCCGUGGCCCCAAAGUGCAAUCAGCUUAUCCUCACUGCUGGCUACACUAAUGCUAGCAGACAGGAAGCAGUUGUUGGCUCCCGCCGGGUCAGCAGCGGUUUCAGCUGGCGAGCUAACAUCACGCCUCCUCCCCCCAAUCUCUCCCCUUCUAAAGGCCGAUGCUGCUCCUCUGGGCUUUGGUUGCAUGAUGAGAUAUAUUCAGCUGCUCCGUUUGGCUGGUUUGGAGGAAUGCUCUGGGUGCGUCCCCUCCCAUCGGUUGGUCAGUGGAGCGAGGAGGGAUAUCAAAGCUCCGUCGAGGAGGGGGCGGGAAGAGGGCAGGAGGGGGCUGAGAGGGUCAUGUCUCAUUGGGCAGAGUAG